GAUCCGCCGACAGGCAGGAAACCAGAAGAUGCUGCGCCUGCUCGCUGCAGAACAAGCUCGACGCAGUUCCGCUCCUCUCACCGUCCUGUAGCGGAGUUCAGCACCAAACUAGCUCUAAUGACCGCUUUAUUCACGCCCGCCAGCAUGUACCGUAUCUGCUAAUGACGACGAGACAGAAAAGCCGGCAUUGUUGACCCACGAAGGCUGCUUUUCCGUCCUCUUUAGUCAUCUGCUGCUGUUCUGUUGUAGCCAUGAGGGUUCCCAAAGUCCAGAGCUGUCUGGGUCCGAAGGUUUACCCCGAGGUGCCGGACGGCGGUUGGGGCUGGGCCGUGGCUGCCGCCUUCUUCCUGGUGGAGGCCUGCACCUACGGGGUGAUCAAGACGCUGGGCGUCUUCCUGCAGGACCUCAUGGAAGACUUCGGGGAGAGCAACAGCCGAGUGUCGUGGGUCAUUUCCAUCUGUGCCUUCGUCAUGACCUUCACCGCCCCCCUGGCCACGAUGCUGAGCAACCGCUUCGGCUAUCGUCCAGUGGUCAUGAUGGGAGGCUUCCUCAUGAGCCUGGGAACCAUCACCUCGGCCUUCGCCAACUCCAUCAACGACAUGUACAUCACCCUUGGAAUUAUCUCAGGUCUCGGCCAUUGCCUCUCCUUCCUCCCCACCGUCACCAUUCUAGCCCAGUACUUCUCCCGACGGCGAGCCCUCGUCACCUCCAUUGCUUCCACGGGGGAAUCUUUCGCAGUGUUUGCGUUUGCUCCAGCCUUCACCAGACUGAAGGAAGACAUCGGCUGGCGCUACUGUCUUGUGGUUAUCGGUGUCAUUCAGGCGUCUGUGAUGGCCUGUGGGCUCCUCCUUUGCCCAAUCCUGAUUGAACCGGAGCCCGUGAAGGGGGACCACGAAUCAGACGGCCUCUCUCAGGUGCAGAGUGCUUACGAGCUGGAGAACGAACAAACCCGGACCUCCCUGGAUUCAGCAAUGUCCCGCGGCUCGGAAGACUCCGGCGUCACGUCCCUCACUGCCUCAGACGAAGACGUGAGGGCAGCAGAAGCAAAAGCCCAGGCUCUGACGGACAAAGGAAGCGAAGCCUCAUCAGAGUCCAGAUCGGCCGGGUCAGUCCCAGAGGAGGAAAAGGAACCAGCAGAGGGAGAGGCAGGUCCUCUCCGGCCCUCCAGACCCAAACUCCUGGACUUCUCCGUGCUGAAAGACGGCACCUUCAUCUGCUACUCCCUGUUCGGCCUGUUCGCCACCCUGGGCUUCUUCGCCCCGCAGCUCUACGUCAUCGAGCUGAGCAAGAGCCGCGGCGUGCCGGCCAGCCUGGCCUCCUGCACGCUGUCUGUGAUGGCCGUGGCCGACAUCCUGGGCCGCCUGUUCAUCGGGCUGCUGCUGAACAAGGUGACGUGCAGGAAGACGCUGGUGCUGCUGUGGUGCGUGGUGGCGCUGUGCCUGGUUCUGGUGGCCUUCACUGUGGUGUGGGAGUUCUGGGGCCUGGUGGUCUGCUGCGCCCUCUACGGCUUCUUCAUGGGCACCGUGGGCUCCACUCACAUCCCGCUGUUGGCGGAGGAGGACGUGGUGGGAAUCCACAGGAUGUCCACCUGCGUGGGCGUCUACGUCUUCAUCCAGAGCUUCGCCGGGCUGGCCGGGCCGCCCCUGGGAGGUGUAUUGGUGGACGUCACCCACAACUACGGUGCAGCUUUCUAUUCGUGUGCUGCUGGAAUGGGCGUCAGCGCCGUGUGCCUGGCUCUGGUGGGCCGGGCCAGGUCUGGGAUGUGUCGGAGGAAGAGUGGGAGCGGAGAGGAACGCAGGAACGCCGAGGAGCAGGAGAGGCUUUCACAGGACAGUGCCCUCUCGGAGUUUCUGGAGGUGGACUUUGCCCUGAAGGACAGUCACACCGGUCAGGGACAGGAUCAGGGUCAGGGUCAGGGUCAGGGAGAGGGUCAGGAUCAGGGUCAGGGUCAGGGUCAGGAUCAAGGUCAGAGUCAGGAUCAGGGAUCAGACCAGGAUCAGAGUCAGGAUGAGGGUCAGGGACAAGAUCAGGGUCAGGGGGUCCCCUCUGUCCUCUGAGCCGGACCUCACAGCCCACAUGGGAACGUUCAAGUCCAUAACGCUGCAACGAGCCGCCGUGUCGGAGACAUCAGCUGCUGCUCCAUCCGUAUCUCUUCCUUUCAAACAAACUUUUUUCACAAGGACCAAACCUUUCCCUGUAGACCAAAGGCACGUCCGCGCAGUGCACAGGUGUGUGUUCCCGUGGCUGAAACCUGCUUCUAACCUGCUGAGGGGGAGAGGGAGAAGCAUGAGCAUCUGCUCUUCUAGCUUUAUCUCCUGUUUUCAGAAAGUGACCCAUUUUUUUUAAGGUCUUAAUUUAGGGGUGCUUUCAGACCUGUGGCCCGUUGGUUUUGUUCCGAUUCAGGGGCUAAAUCGAUACAGUUGUUUCGUUUUUCGUUUGUGGCGUUUGUGUUCACAAGGCAACCGUCUGUAGCGGUUCAAAGCUGUUAACAAAUGCCAUGAGAACCAACUCUUCUCUCAUUGGUCAGAACUGAACGCGGAAGGAGUUUCCUCUUCCGUACCCCGAGAAAAACAACAAUGGUUAUAACCCCUUUCACAUAGAAGGCGCAAAGUGCAGACCACCUACCCGACCCAUCCUACCCGGCGGUGGGCGCGGCACAAACCGCGCUCUAUGUGAAAGCAGUUUAUGAGUGAGUUGUGUGGGUUGCUGUGUGGAUUCUGUUCUCACUGCAAACGAACCGCUCCAGGUCUGGAAUGGAAGCGAGCCGAGACCACCUCUCCUAGGAGAUCUCGGCUCACUUGUUUUGUCCCGCAUCCGAGCGCGAUUGCUGUGUUCACAUGUACCAAACCAACCGAUCUUUAGGGGGAAACGCUCCCUGUUCCGGAACAACUGCUCCAAACGGGACAGGUGUGAAAGCACCCUGAAUCUCUGUGGUACGUCUUUGGUCAAACAGCCCGAAGACGACAUGCAGAACAAAAGCUUUCUUUCCGACCGUGUCUAAACGGCUGGAACGGACAGGGUUGUACAAAGAGGGCGGGGCCAGGCGCUUGGCCCCCUUCAGAAAGAACAAGGACUCAUCUUUAAGAUGACUCAGCGGCCGUGUUUGUUGAAGCUGAUCUUCUAGUCAGACGAUGAGCCGCUUCUGGAACAGAACCGGGCAGCUCUGCUUCCCUUUUCUGUCUCAGGAAACAAGCUGCGUCUCAACAGUCACAUGACUGCUGCUCGUUUUAAGGCGGCGUCCCGAUGAAGCCCCGCCUCCUCUCAGUCACUCCUGCACUAAUGCAUUUUGUGGUUGUAUUUUUUUGGACGCAUGCAGAGCUGUGUGCAGGUUUAAACACACAGCUUAUCACUUGAACACUACCAGAACAGUAGACAAUCUUUUUGAACACUCCUGAUGCAUGGAGACGGACAUGGAGACGGACAUGGAGACGGUGCGCCGCUGCUAAACCUGGACAUGAUCUCCGCUCAGACUCGUCUCCUAGAUGUUCUUACGCACAUUCAUGGCAUGAUUCCAGCAGCAAUAGAGGGUAUGCAUUGACAUUACAUUCCCACUGGACCAGCCCCCUUACUCACACUGAGUGGCAAAACAUCAGCAAAAACAGCUGCAACUAGUGGAGAAGACGGGAUAACAGCUGAUUAUGGGCUUAAAUUAAAGGCAGUUGGACUUGACAGUGACCCGUACAGUUACCCCAAGAACCAGUGGUCCAUGGACAUUAAUAUUUGGUACAGUUACCAAGAACCAGUGGUCCAUGGACAUUAAUAUU